AUGUCAAACGUGCGAUUUUCAUGGAUCAUGGCUAUCUUCACUAUAUUUUUUGUGUUUACCAUCACCAGAAAAGCUGGAAAUUCUGAAGUUAAAGUUGUCGACUAUAUCAUCCCGUUUGUCAACUAUUCAAAGAGGCUUCUAACUGCACCUGAAAACCAAUUAAUAUCCUGUAUAAUUCCAAAAUCAAUGUCACAGUUGACAAUUAACAUAAUGUGUCUUUUGUACGAAAAGCAGGAGUAUUUUAAAAACGAUUAUAGUCUAAAUGAUACAUGGACGUCUACGAGAAAUUGUAUGGAUGAAUUUAAAUUUAUACAUCCACUGGAGCCAAUCCACAAAGGAACCGUAAAAUUUGCAUUCAUCCGGGACCCCUUGCAACGAUUUGUUUCGUUCUACCUCGACAAAUGUGUUAGAGAAAACAGAUGUUACGAUUGCGGCUCGAAUAUGAUAUGUAUCGUGGAAAAAGUGUACAGUAAUCUGAAAAAGAUUCAAAAUUCGUGGGAUGGAACUUCAGAACUUGGAUACGUGGAGCGACAUGCUGCUCCAAUGUCCUGGAACUGCAAUUUCCACAAAGGUCUAGACAGUUGGGAGCUGAUACCGAUUGGUUCGGAUGCAAAUGAAAGAACUAUUGCAAUUGAACGAUUGUCGGGUCUAUUAAAGAAACAGGGUGUAAAUCAGACAUUGAUUGAAAAAGUUCAAGAAGGAAUGAAAACUGGCGAAACGGAGCACUCAACACACUCCUCAACAGGUCGUAUUAAAGCGGAACGGCAAGUACGUGAAGAUCCAUACAUUCAAAAUUUACUCCAUAAAAUUUAUUUCUUUGAUUAUCUAGUUUUCCCGUUUACCAAGGAUUUCAAAAUUCCAUUUGCCACGAGUCAAUAUCAUCGGACUAAUAAUUUCGAAACACUUUACGGAUCUUAA